CUUUAGUGGGACCGCCGACCAUGAUCACGGCAACAACUUUCUCCUCUGCGCUUCCCAUCGCUAAUCGAAGCAAACCCAGAUCCCGAAAAGAUAUUGAUCUCUAAAUUGAGAACAAACCAAGGAAAACAAGAACAAUGCCCAGAUUAUAGAGAAAGAGAGAUGAAUAGAUACUCUCACCUCACCGACUGAUAUCGAUCUGCCCAUCUUCAAGGAUUGUAAAAUUGGCGUUGCCCCACUUCAGACAAACCAAAUUUUCACUGAAUCCUCUGUCUUUGUCGCUUGAAGAUUCAUAAAUUUUGAGAGAUUAGAUGAAUGUUGUUACUGCAUCAGCGUCUUUUUCAUAGAAAAAUUUGCGUUUAAGUAUUUGGGUGAUUAUGCGGUGAAUUUUAACAACAUUUCUUGGAUAAAGAAUGGGGCGGGAGAAGAAAUCAAUAUGAAUCUUCUUGGUUUACUGCACUCAUUGCGUCUUUUUCUCUUUCUUUCAUCUGGCGCAAGGAUCACUAGAAAGUACCUGAUUAUACUGAAAAUUUCUCCAUCUUCAUAUCUAACUUCAGCAUUCUGCAUUACCAAAAAUAGCAUUAAAUCUUCUAACAAAUUCAUUCCAUAGAACCUCUCCCAUCCACCCACCUGCCACUUAACACAACAGUACCUUGCAAUGGGUUUGAUUCAGUCAUCCAUGGCAAGAAUUUGGAGGUCAUUAGCAGCCUCCUCCCUAACAAAUCUCCCAAAAUCUCUCCCAUCCACUACUCCAUCUUCUUUUUAACCCCCAUUCAUCCACUCCAUUUUCCUCACACGCAAUUGCUUCCUUCUUCCUCCUCACCACACUACACUACACACACCCCUUCCACUUUUCCACAUCCAGAGGAAGCAGGUUUUCCCCCACCUCCUUCCUCUUCCGCCAUGGCCUUCUUUCACUCUCCCGCUCUUCUUCUUCUACUUUUUCUAUCUCUUCCAUUCUCAGUUCAAUCUCAGCUCUCUCUCGAUUAUUACCAGAAAACUUGCCCCGAUUUUGCACAGAUCGUUCAUGACACUGUUGCUCGCAAGCACGCUACUAGCCCUGUCACCGCCGCUGCAUCUAUGCGCCUUUUGUUCAGCGAUUGUUUGGUUGGAGGCUGCGAUGGCUCUGUUCUUGUUUCAUCCAAUGUCUUCAACCACGCCGAGCGCGAUGCUGAAAUCAACCGCGAUCUUCCUGGUGACGCCUUCGACGUCGUCACUCGAGCGAAGAUCACCUUAGAGCUCUCCUGCCCUGGGAUUGUCUCUUGCUCCGACGUGUUAGCGCAAGCGACUAGAGAUCUCAUCGCGGCUACAGGCGGACCAUCGUACAAAGUUGAAUUAGGGCGAAAAGAUAGCCUCGUCUCGAAAGUUUCAGACGUAGAAGGCAACAUUCCGAAACCGAAUCAAUCAAUCGACGAGUUGAUCAAGCUAUACACAGCGAAAGGCUUCACGAUUCAAGAAAUGGUAGCGCUAUAUGGCGGACGCACGAUCGGAUUCUCAAAUUGCAAGGAAUUCAGCGACCGGCUCUUCAAUUUCAGCAAAAACACACCAACAGAUCCUGAGAUUAAUUCGAAAUACGCGGAGGCGUUGAAGAAGUCCUGCGCCGAUUACGAGAAGAAUCCAGCGAAUUCGGCGUACAGCGACCCUGUAACGCCAGGGAAGUUCGACAACGUAUACUACAAGAAUCUGCUGAGAGGAAUGGGACUGUUGGCGUCGGAUCAGGCGCUGGUGAAGGAUCCGAGGACAAGGAAAUUCGUGGAGAUGUAUGCAGGAAAUGAGGCAUUAUUCUUCAAGGAUUUCGGACACGCGAUGGAGAAGAUGAGCGUUCGAGAGGUGAAAACUGGCGGGAAAGGAGACGUGAGGACAAGAUGCGAUGCGUUCAAUUCAAUCAACCAUUAGCCCAUUUUGGCUUUUCAUAAAUAAGUCAUUCUUUUAAAAAGGGGAUUUUUUUCUUUGUUUUUUUUCGUAAGAUUGAUUUGGAGAAGAACAUUGUAGAGAGUUUAUUAAUGGAAGAGAGUGAGAGGAAGAGGAAAAGAUCUUUUUGUAAUUGUGGUUAUUUCAUGUUUUAAUGAACUGAAUUUUCUU